UCGUCUUCGCUGUAAUCCACCUGCUUGCGUUUCGCUGCCUUCUUCUCCACAAGGGUGUCGGGCUUCUUGAUGACAGGUUUAGGGUCGGCAGGACGCCGCUCGCGAUCACGUUCAGCGAGGGGUGCUUCCUUCUUCUCCUUGACCAGAGGUUUGCGCUCCAGAGAUGAAUUCUCCUUCCGUUCCUUGGUCACAGGUAAGGUCUUGCGUUCACGUUCACGGUCACGUUCCCUUUCCAAGGAAGAAUCCUCUUUCCUCAAAGCGGCGGGUUUUUUGAUUGGAACAUCCCCCUUCUCCCGCUCCUUCUCCUGUUCCUUCUCUUUCCUCACAGAAGUAACAGUGGCGGCAGACACAGGAGGCCUGGAAUUAGACGCCGAAGCUGGGGUAGACACCACGCGCUCGUCCCGGGCCGUAAUCUCCUUCUUGGCCUUCUUUGGCACCUUAUCUUCCGUCUUGCGUUUCUUGGCCUCACGGUCCUGUUCAGCAAGAUCAUCAUCCGCAGCGCGUUUUUUGCGGACUUCCGGUUCUUUGACCUUCACUUCAACAGUAUGGGGCUUGCUGAGCGCAGAGGCAGGGCGGGAGAUGUCAGCUCCAGGACGAGCAUCCGAGGGACGCACUGCGCGCUUGCUCUGCACUUUGUCCGGUGUAUCGAGCUUGAUGGCUAUCGACGAUGAAGUGGCGGGAACAGAAGGGGCAACGGGGACAGAUGUCGGAGGUCGUACAGGCGCUUUUUCCUUAUCCUUAUCCUUUUCCUUGAGCUUCGAAGCGGAGGACACGGUAGGCUUUUCGUACGUCGCCACGGGCGUGAC